AAGAGGCGCAGCAGCACUGAACACCCUCGAGAGCCCGCGUGCAAUAUCUUUUUUUUUUUUUUUAGAUUUUGUUUGCCUUUGUUAUUUUGCCAAAAUCGUGGCUUUUCUUAAACUAAAUAAGACGUAUUCUGCUGCUCUAUAGCAAGACAGAGUAAGUGAAUUUUACAUGACCUCGCACCGAGUGUCACUAAGAAGAUUUCAGUCACCAUAAAGAAAAACAAGACAAAGCUGGAAAUAUGGAGAUUGUAACCCAUUUCGUAAAUGACUCAAUAGAGUUUUAUAAAUGGAGCCUUAGCAUAGCAGAUAAGCGUGUAGAGAAAUGGCCUCUGAUGGAGUCUCCUUUCCCUACUUUGGCCAUCAGCAUCCUCUACCUGCUCUUCCUCUGGCUGGGGCCUAAAUACAUGCAGCACAGAGAACCUUUCCAGCUGAGGAAGACCCUGAUCGUCUACAACUUUAGCAUGGUCAUCCUCAACUUCUACAUCUGCAAAGAGCUCUAUCUUGGCUCUAAGGCAGCUGGUUACAGUUACCGUUGUCAACCUGUUAACUACUCCGAUGAUGUAAAUGAAGUGAGGAUAGCGGCAGCUCUGUGGUGGUACUACCUCUCAAAAGGUGUGGAGUACCUGGACACGGUUUUCUUCAUCCUGCGGAAGAAGUUCAACCAGGUCAGCUUCCUGCAUGUGUACCACCACUGUACCAUGUUCAUCCUCUGGUGGAUCGGGAUCAAGUGGGUCGCUGGAGGACAGUCCUUCUUUGGUGCACACAUCAAUGCUGCUAUCCAUGUCAUCAUGUACCUGUACUAUGCUCUGGCUGCCUUUGGACCCAAGAUCCAGAAAUACCUGUGGUGGAAGAAAUACCUGACCAUUAUCCAGAUGAUCCAGUUCCAUGUGACGAUCGGACACGCCGCCCACUCCCUCUACAUUGACUGUGACUUCCCCCAGUGGAUGCACUGGGCUCUCAUUGGCUACGCCGUCACCUUCAUUAUCCUCUUUGCCAACUUCUACUACCAAACCUACCGCCGCCACCCGCGACAGGAGCGCGCCCCCAAGGGCGGCAAGGCCGUCGCCAAUGGCAGCUCCGCGGUAACCAACGGCAUCAGCAAGGCGGAGGCGAAGCAGGCGGCGGCAGAAAACGGGAAAACGCAGAAGAAGGGGCGAUCAAAGCAAGAGUAGGGGGGAUGUAGGCAUGGGCCAGCCUUGCUACGGACACCUGAAUUCCACAUUUUGGAGUCGGGGAAGGCAAGCAGACAAAGGGCGUGGUCAGAUGCCAGGCCUCCGAAGGUUCUUUGUAAGUUUAAUUGUGACCGACUUUUGUGGAGGAGAGGGUGCAGCGGGGAUUAGGGGUCACGUGUUCUCAACACUUUCAGGAUAAGAUUCCCACAGGACAUUGCACAAAUUAUUAUGAGCAAACAGGUCUAUUGAGGGUUAAUUCUCAGCUCCCUCUUUUUACAGUGCUGAAUUGGGAAAGCACUGUAAAGAGAGGAGAGCUACUGCCCCCCCGAACCUUCUCCUCCCGAAACCGUGCUGUCAAGCAACAACAUACACUUUUAACCUAACUGUCAUUUUACCCAUUGGAUUUUAAGUUUCCUCACGUUGAAAGUUUUUAAGCAGUUGAAAGUUGUUUGCUCAUGGAAGCUCGCUAAAGAGAGGUGUGGGACAGAUGAGUCGCGUGUUUAUGCACCCCGAAUGAGCAUUCCAUCAAGAGAUGACCGCCGCUAUUGGUCGUCGCUCGGCACUUGAGCUGUGAUGUCAGUAGGACUGAUCAGAUCCCUGCCUGGCAGAGAGACAAGUAUCUGAUUGCUCAACAAAUGGGCGGGCCUGUCAUUGGUCCAGGUCUGAUUGUCAAUGGUGUUCUCUCUGCAGUCACAGGCCAUGGCAGUGUAUGGGGGCAUUGUGUAGGGCCCAUUAUUGCUACUCAUGAGAUGAUGAAACUUGAUAUUUAUUGAGAAUUACUUGUGUGGCUGCUAUCAUGCCAACAAACUCAUUAGCCUGGGUGAGUUGGGUACCUCCUAAAACUGUAUAAACGCUGGUAGAGAAGCACCUCCUGGUAUUUUUUACAGUUUGCUUAGUGUUGACGUCUGUGUUCAACACAUAGAAAUAUAUCAUAACUUUAUUGAGAAUGUGCAUAUAUUUCCCUUGCAAUAAAAAGUGAUCCUAUAACAACAAAUAAAUAACAUGAAAUGCAA